AUGGUAAGCUUUGGUGGGGGACUUGUGAGUGGCGAUCAUAUCGAUCUGGACGUGGAUGUUGGCUCAGAUACACGCCUUCUUAUGCUCACGCAGGGUAGCACCAAAGUGUACCGGGAGCGCCGACAUGGAGAUGCUCCUUCUCGCGCUGCUCGAGCCCCAGGGCUGACUGAGAUAUCACAGCAGUAUAUCCGCUUCAUUGUGCGUGAAAAUGCCACGCUGAUCCUGCUUCCUGCCCCGGUUACGUGCUUUGCGCGCUCGCGCUAUGCCCAGACGCAGCGUUUUGAUCUCCGAAGCAGCACGUCGUCGUCGCUCGUGCUGCUUGAUUGGUUCACAUCGGGCCGCCUUGUGGUGGAUGGACCGCGAGACUCGACAGAUAUGCAACGCAUCCCAGAGAUGUGGCACUUUUAUUUAUACCACAGCCGCAACGAGGUGCGCAUCGAUGGUAACGUGUUGGUCCGUGACCGGCAACACUUGGCACAAGAGCUGCCCGAGGUGCUAAGACGAGAUACAAAGACAGAUCUAGCACGCCGUUGUGAUCCUUAUACAUGCUAUGGCUUGCUGGUGCUGUACGGCCCAGAAUGUCAGGUCUUGUGUCGGGCUCUUGCGGCAGAGUAUGACCAAAUCCAGCAACCACAGCCACUGCUCCGCUCCGGAGGCACACUCGGUGCCUCCCACAUUGCGCCGCCCGACGUGUUAUGGAGUUUGAGCCCGCUGUGCUCAGGUGCGCCUGUGCCUGGCAGCGACCGUAAGGGGGCAGGUGGUCCAGACAGCGGGGUGGUGGUGCGGCUCGCAGGCGUAAGCACAGAAUCGCUGCGAGCAUGGAUGCAUUUGCGCUUAAAGCCGCUUCAGCACUUGAUUGGCGAUGAUUUGUACCGAGUAGCCCUGGCCUAA